AUGUCGGAGGAGGAAUUCUACCUGUUCACCAACGGCUCGGCGCCGGGGCCGUGGGACGGGCCCCAGUACCACAUCGCGCCCCCCUGGGCCUUCUACCUGCAGACGGCCUUCAUGGGCUUCGUCUUCGCGGUGGGCACGCCGCUCAACACGGUGGUGCUGCUGGUCACCGUGCGCUACAAGAAGCUGCGGCAGCCGCUCAACUACAUCCUGGUCAACAUCUCCUUCAGCGGCUUCGUCUCCUGCAUCUUCAGCGUCUUCAUCGUCUUCGUGGCCAGCUCGCAGGGCUACUUCGUCUUCGGGAAGCACGUCUGCGCCCUCGAGGCCUUCGUGGGCACCACCGGAGGGCUGGUGACGGGCUGGUCCCUGGCCUUCCUGGCCUUCGAGCGCUACAUCGUCAUCUGCAAGCCCUUCGGCAACUUCCGCUUCAGCUCCAAGCACGCGCUGAUGGUGGUGGUGGCCACCUGGGCCAUCGGCAUCGGCGUCGGCUUGCCACCCUUCUUCGGGUGGAGCAGGUACCUGCCCGAGGGCCUGCAGUGCUCGUGCGGCCCCGACUGGUACACGGUGGGCACCAAGUACCGCAGCGAGUACUACACCUGGUUCCUCUUCAUCUUCUGCUUCGUCGUGCCCCUCUCCCUCAUCAUCUUCUCCUACUCACAGCUGCUGAGCGCCCUGCGGGCCGUGGCCGCGCAGCAGCAGGAGUCGGCCACGACGCAGAAGGCGGAGCGGGAGGUGUCGCGCAUGGUGGUGGUGAUGGUCGGCUCCUUCUGCCUCUGCUACGUGCCCUACGCCGCCCUCGCCAUGUACAUGGUGAACAACCGGGACCACGGCCUCGACCUGCGCCUGGUCACCAUCCCUGCCUUCUUCUCCAAGAGCGCCUGCGUCUACAACCCCAUCAUCUACUGCUUCAUGAACAAACAGUUCCGCGCCUGCAUCAUGGAGACGGUGUGCGGGAAGCCCAUGACGGACGACUCGGACAUCUCCAGCUCGGCGCAGAGGACCGAGGUGUCCUCGGUGUCCUCCAGCCAGGUCAGCCCCAGCUAG